AUGUUUUCUGCAACGACCUUGGUACUCUCUUUGUUAGCCGCAUACCUAAUUUCUAUAACGACUUACAGAGUCCUGUUUCACCCUCUACGCAACGUUCCUGGUCCCUUCUUUGCACGCUUCAGUAAGCUAUGGCUUGCAUGGCACGUCCGUAAAGGACAAUCGCACAUCUACUUCCCUAAGCUACACGCGCGAUACGGACCCAUUGUGCGCAUAGCACCCGACCAAGUCCUAGUGUGCGACGAAGGCGCUAUCAGAACCGUCUAUGGAGCAGCGACGUCGUUUACGAAGGGAGAUUGGUAUCGGAUAGCUGGCGCACCUGACAAAAAUCGGAAACCCGCUGAGGAGGUUCUUGAUAUGUUGACGGAAACAAAUAUGGAGAAGUAUCGCAGGCAAAGAAGAGCUAUCGGGCCUGCCUAUAGCAUUGCAGGGCUGGAAAGACAUGAGGGGCUGCUUGAUAGCUAUGUCAAUCAGUUUAUUGGCAGGCUGAAGGAGUUUGGAGCAAAAGAGGUGGACCUUGCGAAGUGGACCCAUAUCUUCGCCUUGGAAUCCAUGAGCCAGUUCACUUUAGGCAAGCGACCAGGAUACACGGAGAAAGGUAGUGACGAAGGGAACGGAGAUGCCAGCGAUGCGUUAUGGCAGUGCUUCACCGUCAUCGGUCUGUUCCCAGGCUUUGUAAAGCUUAUGCAUGCGAUACCAAAGAUCGGCAUAUUGCUCGUCCUACCCGCGUCCUUACUCCUAGGUGUUAGACUACCAAAGGUUUGGCCCGUCUUCAGCUUCUCUGCUCCGAACAUCAUGCAAAGAUUGAAAACAUUGGAAAGCACGAGGAAUACGGAUAUGUUGGCUACUUUGAUGCGCCUUCAUCACGACAAAGAGGCGCGUUUCCCUGCUUCGUGGGUUCUCUCAAUCGCACUUACCAACUUCGGCGCUGGACACGAUACGCUCAUGUUCACACUUUCUUCGGUCAUUUAUCAUACGUAUCAAUCCCCAGCCAUCAUCACCCGUUUACGCAAAGAUAUGGAAAGCCAGGGUAUCACAAAGGACACCGAGUACGCGGAGAUGAUUCAAAAAGUACCCUUGCUCCUUGCCGUCAUGAAAGAAAGCAUGAGGAUCUGGCCUACGCUCGGAUGGUACAUCCCUCGCCUCGUACCUGCUUCAGGAGCUACACUAUGUGAUACCUACCUUCCACCUGGUACUACGGUCGGGACCAAUCUCUGGGCUUCACACUUUGAUCCUAAGGUUUUUACAAAUCCCCAUGCGUUUGAUCCGGAUAGAUGGCUUUCUGGUGGUAGUGAGGAUAAGAUGAGGGAGAUUGGCAGGAUGGACAGCAUGUGGAUGGGCUUCGGGGGUGGAGGCAGGAGCUGUCCUGGACAACAUCUUGCGAGGCUUUUCGUCAUCAAGACGUUGGCUCGAUUGGUCAUGGAAUGUGACGUUGAGCUGAACGGCGAGCCGAAGAUUGGCGGUUGGUUCCAGUGCACGAUGAAGGGGGUUGAGAUGAGUGUCAAGGAAAGGAAGAUGUGA